UAAUUAAAUAAUUAAUCACCCCACCAAAAAGCCAAUUUAGGCUGAAUACUCAUUUGAUCACCCACAAUUAUUGUCACAUUUACGAAAUUUUGAAGCUUCUGAAAUUCUCUGCAUUCAUCUUCAGAUCAUCUCUUCGUUAUCGUCAAGAUGAUGCUUUCUCGAAUCGGACGUUCUAUCUCCAGAUCUUCUCGCUCUUCUCUCUUUAAUGCUACCCUUGGUUGUGAGGGAUAUGGAGCUAGAAUUGCUGAUCAAUCGGGCGGAAUCGCGCCACGCAGCAGUGAGCAAGGGCUAGGGUUUCUCAAUGCUUAUUUUUCAUCAGUUGGUGCUGGAACUGGAAAACAGGCUAGUCCUUCGUUUUCGCCUGUUUCUCGCCCCGAUUUCGCUAAUCCUAGCUUUGCCAGAUACUUGUCCACUGCUGCCACAAAGAAUUUAGAUAAUGAGAUAAAUGUUGGUAAGGGAGAAACUAAUGUUGAUGAUCAUAAGAAUGUCCUUCGCCCACUAUCUCCUCAUCUUCUUAUUUAUCGGCCUCAAUCUAAUUCCACCUUGUCAAUCUUGCAUAGAGUAUCUGGAAUGUACCUCACAGGUACAUAUCUGUUGUUCUCCCUUGUUUACAUGAAGAUGGGUUCAAUUUGUUUCACCUAUCCAAGUUUCUACCAGGCGGUCUUUUAUUCAUCAAAGCUUCAUACAUUAUCUCUUGAGAUUGCUGCCCUAGCUUUUACCUAUUAUGUGUAUCAUGGAAUUCGUCAUAGGUCGAUGGAUGGGGUUCGUGAGAUUUUGGCUGAUUAUGUUCACCAUGGAGUGACCCGGAAUUAUAUCUUGGUCUUAUGGAGCUUGUUCCUUUUAAUCGUAGCCAAGGAUACCUUCUUGUAUCUCUCUCAUUUUAAUUAAGUUUAUGUUGAACUCUAGAAGAAACACCUGCAAUGAGACGAACUCAGCAACAUUUUACCGAAUUCAUAUUGCAAGAAAAGGGCAUAGAUGUGAUUUAUCAUUGCCAAAUCUGUUUUAAAGUGCUAGAUUUCAUUCUCUACAACAACUAGAUGAUGAAUUAGUCUAGCGAAAUGAGUGAUUGUUCAAAACUCAAAUAAAAAUAAGUUUGAGUUCUUAUGCAACAUUUGUAAUGAUAACUCUUUCCUUCAUUUUGAAGCUUCUCUUUAAACCGUGUUAUCUUUUUGUGUAUUUUCAUAUGCUUUUCUUGCUAGAAAUAAUAUCAAAGUUACUUGUUUUGUC